CGGCUCCGGUGACUGAACGCGCGGGGAAAUGGCCACGGGGACAGACCAGGUGGUGGGACUCGGCCUCGUCGCCGUUAGCCUGAUCAUCUUCACCUACUACACCGCCUGGGUGAUUCUCUUGCCAUUCAUCGACAGUGAGCAUGUCAUCCACAAGUAUUUCCUGCCCCGAGCCUAUGCUGUCGCCAUCCCACUGGCUGCAGGCCUCCUACUGCUCCUGUUUGUGGGACUGUUCAUCACCUACGUGAUGCUGAAGAGCGAGAGGGUGACCAAGAAGGCUCAGUGAAGGUCCCGCGGGGAUGAGGCUGCCAGCCCCUUCUCUGCUUCCCCUCCAGCACAGGGACCAAGUAGGGGAGCCUGCAGAACCUGUCCAGGCACAGUGGCGCCUCCAGCCUGCCUGUCCUGCAGAGUCCCCAUGACAUGGAGCUCACCCCUGCCUGACCGGAGCCCCCUCCCUGACUCUCACUUCCAGAAGCUAGGAGGGAGGAAUACCUGGAAGACUCCAGUCACCCCCUUCUUGCUCAGGGCCUAAAAGAUGCUGGUCUCCCAACCUCACUCUCAGACUCCCUGCCACCUUUUCCCCCGGGUUCUGCCAUGUUGCCUCACUUCCCCUCCUGUCACAUGCUGACAUUGGACUUAGCGGGUUCUAGGGCCGCAUGUGUGACCUCUCUGACCUCCCUCCACAAGUCCUGCUCCUCCAGCAAGGCAGCUUUCCUUAGCCUGACAUAGCCCAAGACCCCGCAAAGCCUUCUGGACCUGGAACGCCCGGGGAAGGACUGACAGACCCCAGGACCAGCCCUGGGCCUCAAGGCAUAUUAGCUGCUGACCGAUCGCUCCUCAUGGAGCUCCCCAGGGCUGGCCUGUUUGGGAGAGCUGACCAAU